ACUCGAGCUCCGGGGCGGGGAGGAAGGCUCGCCUUGCACAGCGCCUUUCCUCCCGCGGGAGCUUCUGCUGCUCCGGCUUCGCUCCGGAGGGCUGGAGCCCCUCCGACGGCGGCGCCUCGAAGGAAAGCGGAGGAGGAGAUCGGGGCUACAAGGGAGAAAGGAGGAAAAAAUUUUCCACCCUGGGGGUCAAUGGCUGGGCGGGAUCUGGUAAGGAAAGAACUUCUGGCUGGCUGGAAUCAACCAGUCUUUCCUCUUUAGUGACCGGAUCUUCCAUCUGGUGUUACCAAGCAACCAACAACUGAUAUUGCAGAAUUAGGAACUUUCAUCUCAGCAUCUCGUCUCUCCAAAUUCCAGCUGUGUUGGGUCCUGAAGAUGUGGACCAAGCGAGGUCCAGAGCUGAAGGACACGCUGAAACAGGAAGAGGAAACGUGUGAAGGAGACGUAGCAAGCCCCCAAACAGUCCCCCAGGUCUCUCUUGCCUUCCAGGCUGGGAAUAGCAGGAAAUACCAGGGAAGGAAGGAAGGAGCAGCCAUCUUGGAUGAGGAGAAUGCCGUCCACUUGGACACAACCCAGGAUCCGAUGCAAAACCAGAAGCUUCUAGAAGACUUCUUACUGGGGAAUGUAGAAGAUCAGGGACCUGUGACCUUUGAGGAAGUGGCUGUGCGCUUCAGCAAGGGCGAAUGGGGCAUGCUGGAUCCAGAGCAGAGGGCUCUCUACCGGGAAGUCAUGGUGGAAAACUACGGGACCGUGGUCUCUUUGGGGCCUUUAGUUCCCAAACCUGAGCUCAUCUCCUGGUUAGAAGACAAAGAAGAAAGACAAGGCCCAAACUCUGAAGAAGGAGAUGGGAAAAGAGCAGGUGACACCUGGGGGAGUGAGAGCAAGAAGUGCCCGGUUAGGGUAAUCUCCAGUGAGGAAGAUCCGGGCAAAGAAGCGGAAGACGAUCUGUGGAAUCAGAGGGGGGAGAAGGAAGAAGAAGAAGAGAAUCAAACGACCGAGACUGGCCCAAAAAAACCAACAGAGGACGAGACAGUUGCUGGAGCCGACUCUGAGAGUACUGGAGACCUCAAGGAGCCCCUGCAGGCAUUGCCAGGAAGAUCACAAGGAAAGCUGUCUUUUGUGAUGGGGACGGCUGAAAGUGACCUCGGUGAAAGCGGAAGUGAAUGGGAGCCCUACGGGGUGCUGUCAGAAGACACGGAGGACGAAGACGCAGUCAGCCACUUUGGGAACCUCAAAGAGCCGGGAAAGAAGAAAGAAAGCCAGCCCAAAGAGCGGCUGAAUAAAGACAGUUCCCAGGGAAGCGACCACAGUGCCGUGCUGGCCCAGCCGAAGACCUACAAGGGCAAGAGGAAGAAUCAGUGCAAAGUGUGCGGGAAAAGCUUCACCCGGAAGGCCAGCCUGAAAGUCCACCAGCGGAUCCACACGGGCGAGAAGCCCUACAAAUGCACCGUCUGCACCAAGGGCUUUUGCGACAAGACCAGCUUCCUCCGCCAUCAGAGGAUCCACACCGGGGAGAAGCCCUACAAGUGCCCCGAGUGCGGGAAGAGUUUCAAUCGGACCACCAACCUGAUCACCCAUCAGAAGACCCACGUGGAGAGCCGGGAGAAGACCUUCCACUGCUCCAGCUGCAGCAAGAGCUUCUACAACAAGUACAGCCUGAAGACCCACUGGCGGAGCCACACCGGGGAGAAGCCCUACCAGUGCUCCAGCUGCAGCAAGAGCUUCUGCGACAAGUCCAACCUGGAGGCCCACUGGCGCGUGCACACCGGGGAGCGGCCCUUCGAGUGCUCGGAGUGCGGGAAGAGCUUCAGCGACCGUCGGACCCUCCUCCGCCACCAGAGGAUCCACACGGGGGAAAAGCCCUACAAAUGCACCGAGUGCGGGAAGAGCUUCAACGACCUGGCCACGCUCCUCCGGCACCAGAAAAUCCACACGGGAGAGAAGCCCUACCGGUGCACCGAGUGCGGGAAGAGCUUCAACCAGAGCUCCCACCUCAUCCGGCACCAGAACACGCACGACGCCAAGCGCCACAAGACCUUGGAAGCCAAGGGCGGGGCGAAGGCCUCCGUCGGGACCAAUAUCUUCUUGGAUAUCGGGAGCUUUGCCCAGGGGAGCUAUUACCAGUACGCUCACCCCGCCGAGCCGUUUCCCUGGCCCCUUUCGACAUACACGUCUCCCGCUGAGGCCGGAGAGGCAGGCAUGCCGAACCUGUGGACAAUUCAGGAGACCUCGGUGGGCGAGCAGGCCAUCCUGGUGAUGAAGGAAUUCACAGAGGACAGGACUUUAGCCCUGUGAGGGUUUCGAACGGACAGGAAAGAGAAAAACGAAACACGUAUUUUUUUUUUUAUUUCCAAGGACGGGUUUAUUGAUCCGAAAUCGCAAAGCAGGGAUUUUUGUUUCUUAUUUUUGGGGGGGAAAGAGACCAGUGUCUUUCAGUUCCACAAAGAAGCAUGACAUCCCUGGACGUCUUCAUCCUUCGGCUUGAGGCAGUGAUUGGAGAUACAUAUAUAUAUAUAUAUAUAUAUAUAUAUAUAUAUAUAUAUAUAUCUUUCUUUCUUUCUACAAAGACUCAAUUUAGGGCAGACAUGUCAAA